AGCCACAGCCUCCUCCCCUCUUUCCCCUCCACCUCCGUCUGCUACACUGUGCCUCACUCACCACCUCAUUUGUCUGUGGUCCGCCACGCUGACGGCAGAGCUACUGCUCUCCUGUGCUCCCACCACGCCUUCGUCAGCCAGGUGUUGAAGAUGGGAGACGGCGGAGUGAGAGACAGGAUCUGAUCCCACCUCGUCUCGGCUCUAAUGCCAUGGACACACUGACAUCAUGCACAGACUGGAAUUCCACCUUGUGUGACGAUGAAGGCGUGGGCGGUAACUCGAGUGUGGUGGUGGUGGAGGACGUGGGCGUGGGCGUGGAGGGUGAGCAUGGGUGGACCCACAUCAGGAGACAGCUACACUGGGCCUUCCCCGUCCAUAUCUACGGCUUCGCCUGUCUCUUCUUCAUGCUCGCAUUUUACACCUUCUUCUCCAUUCUCAACCUUAGGUCACAAAUCUCCAACCGUCCAUUUAUGUCGACCAUCAAUGUAUUCCUCUGUGUUUUGGGGGUGACCCGAGCUGCUUGCUUUCUCAUCGACCCCUACACCUUAGGUCAGGUGAUGCCAGGGUUCCUGGGAUCAGUGAUGUGGGACGUGGGUUAUCCCUGCAUCCUCUCAGCCUUCAGUCUCAUCCAGCUCGCCUUCUCUCAGCUCACACAGGUGAAGUUCCGGCCGGAGACGCUGAGAAGGAAGUCAGCUCUGAGUCUGGUCAUUACCACGCACUUCGCUCUUGUGCUUGGCUCUGACAUCGUCACUGCCUUCGAGAGUCACCUCCAGGUGGUGCGUUGGGCAGUACAGACGAUUUUCCUGAGCUGGGGUCUUGUGCUGUGUGUGACCUUCCUUUAUGGUGGUGCCAGAAUUAUCAAACUGCUGAGAACAAUUCCUCACACCGCCUUCCAGGGAGGAGAGCCAGGCGCACCCAACAACAAAGGGAUCCUGCAACUCGCCUUGCUGGCCCAGUGCAACAACAUCGCCUCUUCGGUGUUGACUGCGGCGGCACCGUCCAUCCUCACCCCCAAGAUCAAGAUCACUGACGAGUUCGACCAGACGUACUCUUACGUCAGUGAAGGAUCUCGUGUACCGUCUCUCCACUCCGGGGAUCUAGACUCGCUGCCUCCUUCCAGACGAGCCUCCUCCCGUACCUCCAUAGUCAGCGACUCCAUCAACGCCUCCUCCAUUGCCUCCACCUCAGUUUGUCGACAAUGUGAUCUUCGAAUCCAAGUUGUAUCAAAAAUUUUUAGGGGAGGCCGCAGACAUCGCCGAGGAGAGGAAGACCAAUCAUCCCCCACGCCGCCCAGGGCCCGAGAGGUGCUGGGGGUGGGGCGUCGGGCUGUGGGGGGGGAGAGAUCACCCACACUCACAGUAGCUGACAAAAAAACCGCGGGCCCCAACAGCGCGGCAAAAAACCUCUUCCAACACUGCGGCAAAACCCAUAGGCCCAACACUGCGGGAAAACACCAGAGGGGCCCCAAAACUCACAAAACACCUACAGGCCAUAACAAUUGCAGCAAAACAGCUGUAGGUCGCAACAACUGUAGUGCCACGCCUCCCAGGUCACCAAAAACUGAAGCAAAAAAGAGAAAAAAGUCGUUCCAAGAAAACGAAAAAGUGGCGAGUGUCAUCAUCACAGUAGAGGAGGUGGGAGGUGAUGAUGAUGAGAAUGCGAGAGGGAUCAAGUCGCUCAUGCUGGAAGAUGACGAUGAUAUAGCGUUCAUAGACAAAAAUGGACCCGAAGUGGGAGAGGGAGAGGACUGCAUCAGGGAAGACGAGGUGGCAGUCACUAAAGACUCAGGCAAAGAAGUGGCUAUUAGGGGAAUCAUUUGUAAUUUCUCGUCUACGAAAUCCAUUGAUUCUGUGUUAAAAUCAGAAAGUCCUUCGGAAGAUACGAAAAAGUGUGGUGACUCAAGGAAAGGUAGUUUUUGUGAGAGUACAAGUGGCGAAAGUGACAACAAAUUUGUUAUUAAAAGUGAUGAAAGUGACAAAUGCCUGAAAAUCAGCAAUGGUGAAGACGUGAUUCCCAAACGUAAAAAGAGUUUGACGUGGUCAGAGGACACGCAGACAAUUGAAAGUUGCGACAAAGAUCACGAGGUUAAGAAAAGUGUGGAACAGGACGAUAACGACAGAAACUUGAGAGAUAAUCCAAGACGAGCCAGUACCUCCAGCCGAAGAAACAGUCGAAACACUGAGAAGGUGAAACUCAGACACACUCGUUCCUACGACCUCGGGAGUGAUACCAGCAGUAGGAGGAAGAGCAGCAGUGUGUCGUGUUCAAGCCGCAAGGGCAGUGAGAACUGGCAGGCGCUGCCGGGACCCUGCCAAAGAGAUCACCGAAGUUUAAGUUCCUCCUCACCCUCGACCGCCCGAAGGGGCAGCAGGAAGAGCAUCAAGGAUGAGUCCGAAGUGGAGGCUCUCUUGGCCCGCACUCCAGAGAGCCGUUCAGACGUCACCCUCACAUCAAUUCUCAACCACAUCGCUUACGUCAACCAGACGGCAGCAGCCUCCAAGAUCCCUACGACCUUCAAGGACUCCAGGAAGUCUCAGGUGCAACAGGUACUGCUGGUGACUUAUGUGACAGCGGCACUGGGCACCUUGCUGUCUUUGGCACUGGUGUAUGGCCUCUAUGAACACUUCAGCUCCCUCACGCUGCUGCCCCGGCCGCCAUGGCUUUGGUUCACUUACGAGUCAAGCUGCAGGUUCCUGGAGUUCCUGAUGGGGUGUGCCAUGGCUAACAUCACACGUCAGCCCGUCAACAGACACCCACAGUACCCCUACUCUCUCAGGCUCAAACAGAGGAACUCCCUCUACAUGUGAUCACAACACCUCCCAAAAAAGCCCUCUAGGUGGCUCUUAGGCAACUCGUAGUGCAGUGGUUAGUGUUCUCAGCCUUCGUUAGUGAGGACUAUGAGGCAGGGGUAUAUGGACAAGUCUCUUAACGCCUACUGCCUCUAUUACCCAAUAAACAGAUACCUAACAGUUUGUUAAUUGUUAUGGAUCGCAUCCUGGGUGGAGGGCCUAAAAUAAAAAGGAUCUCAGAAAAAACAAGCCACACUGAUUAAAUUUAGUGGGUUACCAAACCAUCGAGAUUAAUAAUUCGAUUAAAUUUUUCUUUCUCUUUGACGCAACUCCAGGAGAUGUAUAUAUUCCUUACUGACGCAACUCCAGGAAACAUAUGCCUCCAGUUUUGACAAGACUACACGAGACGUUACCUCCCUCUCUGACAAAGCUUUUUCGAUGGUUGUAAGGCUUGGUUCUCAGAAAAUAAAACCCCUUUCCCAGCCCUUCACUUGUAAAUAUAACGAGUGUCAUCCUAUUAACUCCUCCAAUGUUAUCAGUGGCUUCCCUUGAUAAAAUAUAUCUUGUGUUAUCGACUCUAAAUCAGAAUAUGUCUAUCACCUAAAGUGUUGUAAUUUGUGCUAGUUACUCUUGUAACUUCACCUUCAUUUUUGUUUCAUUUUCUUUGAGUUGAGUCGCUGGCUAAGACUGACUUCGGAAGAAUUUUCCACUCUGUGAAAAACAAAGUUUAUUUAGAUACAGGCACACAUAAGUACAAUUAUCAUACACUGUGUAAAUUACCUAGGAUAACCCAAGAAAAGUCAGACGAAGUGAUUUAUCCGAAAUAUAUAUUUAAAAAUGUAUAAUCAUAUUAAGUCAGGUGCCCAUACAUUAGGACGAUAGCUUCUCCCUACGAGCCCCCUGAGGGCGGGGACUGUGGCUAGGCCUGGGGACAGUUGGUCCCUAAAAUGAGGGGAUACUUGUACCUCCUCCCAUGGCAGACUUAGGUCUCGAGACACUCCUAGACAGGGAGCCAAGGUCGGGUCACCACUAUUGGAAAAGACCCGGAUCGGGAGAGUACUGCCGAAUAAAAAAAAAUUAUUGCCUAAAAUCCUAUGACUAUUCAGGUAAGAUAAGAAGCCUUUUCGUCGCGUUUGAAAUUCGAACAGCAAAAUGAAGGCAAAAGACUGAGUGACAAUUAUUGUUGGGGAGAAAAUAACUGUCAUUAAAUAUGCAAAUUUAGGCACUCGAAAUGCAUUAAUUCAUUUUACAUUGUUUCUUAUGGGGAAAAAUAAGUCCCGAGUACAGAAAAUUCUACAGUACUUAUUAUGAAUUUUCAGGAGCGCAUUAGAGUUGUCAAUUGUCAACCUGCCUGGAAUCUAUGUAACUAAACCGGUAAGCCAGGGAAAGGCCUCGGUCAGAUGACCAAAAGCUCCAACGGCGGGUCAUCAUCUAAGACCCACGUCAGGGAACACUUGUCAUGUUUCCUGACGAACCUUAUCUAACCUAACCUACCUGGAGUCCACCUGGAGGGUAUUCCUGGGGGUCAACGCCCCCGCGGCCCGGUCCAUGACCAGGCCUCCCGGUGGAUCAGGCCGUGAUCAACUAGGCUGUUACAGCUGGCUGUAUGUAGUCCAACGUACGAACCACAGCCCGGCAAUUAAAUACAUAUGAACCAAGGUGUAGCCAGUUACCUUCCAGUCACAUCUGGCAAUUUUAUCACAAAGUGGAAAAAAAUAAGUGAAAUGAAGAUUUUUUUUUUUUUUUGAUCUAUAUGUAGCCUACGUCACAUUAUUAUAACAAUAGACCUUUUGUUUUGUUUAUUGUAAUUAAGAAAUUUAUCAAGAGCUGUUUCCUCAGAGACGCUAUUUUAUAUGCAUAUGUCGUGCCGAAUAGGUAAAACUUGCGAUUUUGGCUUAAACAGCAACGCUCUUCUUGCCGAAUAAGGCAAGCGGAAAUUUGUGUAUGCAAUAAUUUCGCAAAAAUCAUUCUGAACCUAACGAAAAAAAUAUGGAAUUCAUUUUUUUGGUGGGAAUAUUUAUUUGAUUUAUUUAGCUAAGAUUAUUUCGCAAGUUUAUUUAUGAAGGAUUUAUACAUAAGAGCGAAGCUUCAGCUGAGCGAGAUGAGUCGCUGAUAAUUUGUUGCAGAUUAUGAAGCUUUGGUAACACUGACUGCUCUUCUUGCUAAGGUGACCGUCAACAGUGGUAUUCAACACCACGACUAUCACCACCACCACAACUAUCACAACAGUUAUCACCACCACCACAAGCACCAUCAUAGGCAUCACUACCACCACAACUAUGACCACCACCAUAACUAUCACCAUCACCACAACUAUCACAACAGUUAUCCACCACCACCACAAGCACCAUCAUAGGCAUCACUACCACCACAACUAUGACCACUACCAUAACUAUCACCACCACCACAACUAUCACAACAGUUAUCACCACCACCACAAGCACCAUCAUAGGCAUCACUACCACCACAACUAUGACCACCACCAUAAC